UGGUGGCGUGACGUAGUAUUCGUUUGAUUCGUUUCGUAAAUUAUUCAUUGUGUGGGAUAUUGUGCUGGUUUUACGAUAUUUUUAAUUAUUUUUGCAUCAAAAUAUAGCCAAAACCAUUUUAUAUUGUUAUCUUAAUUAUAGCCGUAAGGGUCACCUUAGAAUCUACUGGUAUUUAACAGACUAAGACCCCAUCAAAAAUGGGUGGAAAGGCUGAAAAAGGCACACCAAAGUACAUAGCGAACAAAAUAAAAGCUAAAGGCCUCCAGAAGCUCCGUUGGUACUGCCAGAUGUGCCAAAAACAGUGCCGUGACGAGAAUGGUUUCAAGUGUCAUACUAUGUCGGAGUCGCACCAAAGGCAACUGUUGUUGUUUGCUGACAACGCUUCGAAAUACAUUGACGAGUUUUCUAAGGAGUUCGCUGACGGUUACGUAGAGCUGUUGAGGCGGCAGUUUGGGACGAAGCGGGUGAAUGCAAACAAAGUUUAUCAGGAUUAUAUUUCGAACAGAGACCACCUCCACAUGAACGCCACACAAUGGGAGACGCUCACAGAAUUUGUCAAGUGGCUGGGCCGAGAGGGCAAGUGCGUGGUGGAUGAGACGGAGAAGGGCUGGUUCGUGGCUUACAUCGAUCGGGAUCCUGCGGCCGUUGCUGCCAUGGAAGCAAAGGCUAAGAAAGAGAAGAUGGAUAAGGAUGAUCAGGAAAGAAUGCUAGAGUUUAUCCAGAAACAAGUAGAGCGAGGCAGGAAAGAGGGAGAUGAAGGCACGCCCUCCUACACCGAGUUCAAGCGAGAGAGCAGUCAGGAGAGGAUCUCACUCAGUCUCAACCUUAAGAGGAAAGCAGAUGAUAAGAAACCAGAACUUCUCACAUCCGCACUAAAAUCCAAAAGCAAAGAAGAAUCCUCAAGCAAGAAAGUAAAAGAAGAACCUUCCAGAAAGAAAAAUGCCCUGGAUGAGAUCAUGGAGAUGGAGCAACGGGCCAGGGAAAAAAAUCAACGGAGAGACUACUGGCUAACCGAAGGCAUUCUUGUGAAAAUCGUGACCAAGUCUUUAGGGGAGAAGUACUAUAAGAGGAAAGGAGUCGUCGAAAAGGUGAUAGAAAAGUAUGGAGCCCUAGUAAAGCUGGUGGAUGAAGCCGCCAGGAUUAAGUUAGACCAGAACCACCUGGAGACGGUGAUACCCUCCCCUGGUCGCAGCGUGUUGUUCGUGAACGGGCCGCACCGCGGCGCUAAAGGAGUCCUGAAGGAGAUAGAUACGGAUAACUUCUGCUGUCUAGUGGAGAUAACCAACGGCUCGCAAUCAGGAAGGGUGAUAAAAGACGUGCAGUACGAAGAAAUCAGCAAAUUGGCGGCGUGACAGUGUGUAAUAAAGUGACUAAGUGAAAUGCGUAGAUCAAAAGGUGACAUGAACAGAUAUUAUCGUGUGGCAUAUUGUGCAUGUCACUGUCAGAUAUUAUACCAAAAUAUAUAACAUAUAACCAACGGAGACGCCGCGUCUGUAAUUUGCUGUACAAAAAAGUCUGCCAAUUUUUGCGUGGGAGGGGAACGUCAAAUGUAUACGUAACGUCAAAAUAGCCAUGUCAGAUAAACGUCAGUCCAUACAUUGUGUAUGACCAUUGGUCGACUAUUUUCGACAGAGGGGAACGCCUGUUAAUGGCUACUCCGUUUGGUCAUAUCCUCUAAGAUGUGACCUAUUCUUUUGACACUUCUGAUAAAGCUAAUAAGCCGAUAUUAGGCGUGAUACGGUACGAUAACUUUAGUACAGAUGUGCGACUAAAGUUAUCGAUAUCACUAAUUUCGCUCAGUGGAUCUGUAGACUAUAUGUGUCGUUCUCAAGUAAAAGGUACCACAGUGUCGCUUACCACAAGGACGCUCUGACAGGUUAUUCGUAUAGAGAUGCAAGAAAACUUCAUCCUUAUGGUAAGCGACAAUGUGGUACCUUUUACUUGAGAACGACACAUAUUGUUCUCGAGUGAGUAGAGAGGGAUGUCAAUCAGAUACACACAGCCAGAGUUGCAGAGUUACCUAGACGGAUAAACAGGCAUUGGUACAAUUUUCCAUAUACUGAUUUAAACUAACACGAUUUUCACUCAUAAUUUUAAAACUUAAUCAAUAAUAAUCAAGAUCAAGUGCGGGUAGUUCGCAAAACCCGCGCGGCAAGAAGAUGUUGAUACAAUUCCUCGCCAGUCUGCCUGUGACCACGAGCGUAACGUCACGUUCGUAACGUCAGGCCAUAAAUAAACGUAUGUUUGUACGCGAUUAAGUCCUGUGUUAGUUUUAAAAUUACAAUUUUCCAUGUUAUCGUUGUACCAAGGACAAACUGUGGUCAAAAUUGGUAAUGUAAAUAAAUUAUUUUAAUAUCAA